UUUAUUAAAUUUAAGAGUGUAUAGGUCGUUUUAGCACACUAAAUUUUAAACGACAAGCAAGUGCUACAUUUACGGUCAGUUUUAUAAAUUUUUAGUCAGAAAUUGUACAUUCGCUGCGUUAAAAAAAUAACUGAAAAUGUUGCUACAGAAGUUAUGUAUGCGAACACUGCACACCACGCGCCAGCUGUGCGUGAGUGGAGCCGGUGUGGGUGCGGGCAUGCAGAAGAGCGCCCUGGCAGCUCUUCGCAAGAAGACCGGCUACACGUUUGCCAAUUGUAAAAAGGCGCUGGAGUUGCAUAACAACGAUGUGCAGCAAGCGGAGAAAUGGUUACAUGAGCAGGCACAAUCCUUGGGCUGGUCGAAGGCUACCAAAGUAGCGGACCGUGUCACCACACAGGGGCUGGUGGGUGUGCUGGUCAGCGGUAAUCGUGGCGCCAUGGUGGAACUCAACUGCGAGACAGACUUUGUGGCACGCAAUGAUACGUUUAAGCGUUUUGUUGACCAUGUUUCACGCAUAGUUUUACACUAUACGGACUUGACAGAGUUUGAUGGUGACUUGUGGAAACUUGGCUUCGACUCUGAUGCCUUGAAGAAUCUAGCCACACCACAAGGCGGCAAUUUGGGUGAUCAUUUAGCGCUGCUUAUAGGUGCAAUGGGCGAGAACGCCAGCAUACGACGAGCGCUUUGUUUUAAGGUCAACAAUGAUUUACGGCUGGCCGGCUAUGCACAUCCAGCACCCACCAAUGUGGGCACUAUACAAAAUAUUACACAAGUUGGAAAAUACGGCGCUAUUGUAGCCUUCCGCUCCAAGCAAGAAUUUGACGAUGUGGAAUUUCAAAAGAGCAUAUGCCAGCAAAUUGUGGGCAUGAAACCUUUGAAAGUAGGUGAAUAUGAGAAGGACAAGCCAGCGGAGAAUAAGGACGAUGAAACGUGUCUCAUACACCAAGAGUAUCUGUUGGAUGCGGACAAAACUAUGGGUGAAAUGCUGCAGGAGCAACAAAUCCAAGUUGUGGACUAUCAUCGCUUUGAAUGCGGCGAAAAGACGCAACGGGAACUGGCCGAAAUUAUGCAAAACCAACAGCGACAGAGCAGCAACUAAUUAACUAUAAUAAUUUGUUAUAACCUUGAUUGUUAAUACUGACUUUCUGGUCAACAUUUUUGCAUGCCAAAAAAGAACAGCGAACCAGAAU